AAUAAUUUGAUUGCAGUGGAUCUGGAUUUUUUCCAAGAAGUUUCCCCGCAACUGUUAUCAAAACAUGCAAAUGAGAUUUUCCAACAGGAUCUUAAACAAAUCAGGAGGAGUUAAUGCCGAAGCAAAAUAAUCAGCGCGUUUGAAGUGACUGUGGGUUUCAGUUUGUCUUUUCUCCCAGUGAUACUAUUGCAGGGGAAUGAUAAUUAGACCUUUACUUACGAAAUCCGAAGGGGCUCGCUCGUGCCCCCUCCUUCCCCUUUUCCCUCCCUCCCUCCUUCCCUCCCUCCGAUUCCCUCUCUCCCUCUCUUUCUCUCUCUCACUCACAUCUCACAUGUUGGCAAAGAGGGUUUUCUUAAUCAGACUGUUUUUUUGGUCCGGGGGAAGGAGGAAGAGGGAGAUUGUGAUGGAGAAAGGGGUCUGUAAAACGUCAGAAACAGCACAAAGACUUUGCCACGUAAUUACAGGCUCCUAUUAAGUCGAGAUCUGCCCUCCCAGGGGUCUCCAAUUUUCAUGUAUUCCCUACAAAGCCUCCUCUGCAUGCCAGUUUGUGCCUUUUGAAGUGCCAGAGAGCUUCUUGCUCCAACUGAGAAGGAAAAAGGAGCUCAAAAAGAAGAGGGGGAGAGAGAGAAGGGAAAGAAAAAAAAUCACCACCCUCCCUUGGACUCUUGAAACUCUCAUUUUUUUUUUAUUCCUUUACGAAGAGUAAAGUGAGCGUCCUGCUCUCCAAUACAUCUGCAAGACAUCACCCUCUCCUCCUGAAACCUUAGUCACUCCUGAGAAUCAACAGGAGUGCAGAGAGGGGGGAACACGUUUUCUUGAAGAUGUUUUAAAGCUGGAACAAGCCUUCUUCUGUUGGUGCUUGAACUCUUGCCUGGGAAUAACUUCUUAACGUAAAAAAAAAAAUCAAAACCACUUUGAUUUUUCUCUUCUUCCACUCCCCCCAACUUUUCGUUCUUCUCUUUCCGGAACUCCCCAUUCCCGCUGGCUUUCCCUUCCCUUGUUUCCCCUUAUUAAUAAUAACAACAACAUUAUCAUUAUCAUUAUUAUUAUUGUGUUUGUGAAAGCUUUGGGGGAUCUGGAGCCGAUUUUUUCCCCCUCUUUUCCCGAAUGUAGGAUGCUUUAAAACAAUUUUUUUUAAUUGUGUGGAAUAUCUCUUUGGAAUCCUCCGGGCUUCUUGGCUGCAGGAACCAGCGAAGGCUGCAGGAGGUAGCCAGUGGAGAAGGUUCUGCUCUUCAGUAGGGGUCCCCGCCUUCUCUCUCUCUCUCUCUCUCUCUCUCUCUCUCUCUCUCUCUCUCUCUCUCUCUCUCUCUCUCUCUCUCUCUCUCUCUCUCUCUCUCUCUCUCCCUUUCCCUCUCUCCUCCCCCCUUCUAUUUUUCCCACUCUGUCUCUCUCCCCCUUGCGCCUACAACGUUUGGUGCUGAUCCGAGCGGGAAGAGGGGGGUGGGUGGGAUUGGAGGGGGAAGACCAUGACCUCCAGCUAUGGGCACGUUCUGGAGCGGCAGCCGGCCUUGGGUGGCCGCUUGGACAGUCCCGGGAACCUCGACAACCUUCAAGCAAAAAAGAACUUCUCGGUGAGUCACCUGCUCGAUCUAGAGGAGGCCGGUGACAUGGUGGCCGCCCAGGCGGAUGAAAGCGUUGGAGAGGCUGGACGGAGUCUGCUGGAGUCCCCCGGGCUGACCAGCGGCAGCGACACUCCACAGCAAGACAAUGAUCAGCUGAACUCAGAGGAGAAAAAGAAGAGAAAGCAGAGGAGAAAUCGGACCACCUUCAACAGCAGUCAGUUGCAGGCAUUAGAAAGAGUCUUUGAGAGGACACACUAUCCUGAUGCUUUUGUACGAGAAGACCUUGCCCGUAGAGUUAACCUCACGGAAGCCAGAGUUCAGGUGUGGUUUCAGAACCGAAGAGCCAAGUUUCGCAGGAAUGAGAGAGCCAUGCUGGCUAAUAAAAAUGCCUCCCUCCUUAAAUCCUACUCAGGAGACGUGACUGCUGUUGAGCAGCCCAUUGUACCUCGUCCUGCUCCAAGACCCACCGAUUAUCUUUCCUGGGGAACAGCCUCUCCGUACAGCGCCAUGGCUACUUAUUCUGCUACAUGUGCCAACACAAGCCCUGCGCAGGGCAUGAACAUGGCCAACAGCAUUGCCAACCUGAGACUGAAGGCAAAGGAAUAUAGUUUACAGAGGAACCAGGUGCCAACAGUCAACUGAGAAAAAAACAAACUAAAACAUUCAAAAACAAACCUAAGAAGAAACCAGAAACAAAGUUAAACAGAAAACCACCAUAAGAAUCCUAUCUUGCUCUGUCUACUGCUUCGUCUGCUGGAGAAAACAGACAGACAAAGAAUGCAGAACUAAAUAAAUAUUGGGACCAUAGCAGAGAAAAUCAAGAGAGGAGCAAACUGAAAAAAAAAAUUAACAAAUAUUUCUCCUCCCUUUGGGAUAUCACUACCAUUUGUUCCCGUGUUUGAUUAUAUUUGUUUCCACAAUCUAUGCUUUGCUCAAUAUAAUGCAAGCUUCUUCAGCUAUGUCCACCCCAAACCCCAUUAUCCUAAGUUUUUUUAAAAAAUUCAUAACAGCAGAACUAUAUAGACAUGCAGAAAAGAAUGCCUAGUGUCAUAUCGCUGAUCCAUCUUGAGCCUCAGUGCCUUCCCUGUCCUCCUGUCCAACUCAGUGUCUAAAAAGCUCAGAGGGCUCUCAAGAUUGCCAAAGCCUUUCUAAAGUGCCUGCCUGCCUCCUCAGAGACCUGGCUCACUCCUUGAUUGUCUCUCUAAUGUGUGAGCAGGUUUUUUGAGGUAGCUUUUAGAAAAUAGCAGCAAUGCCCAAAGCAGGUCAUUAGCCUAUCCCAAUCUCUUCCUACCUGGCUGAUUUAGAGCACUAAGCCUUUAUUUAAAACAUUGACAACAUAAUACAUGGCCCAUCCAUUCCCCAAAAUAUCAGCCUUUCUGGGUUUAGAAUUCUCCAUAGCCAUUUUGAAGAGAGAGAUGGACAUUCAAGAGAGAUGGAAAACUAGCCCCAGACAGAAUCAGAAACUGAGAGCUGUAAUUGGUGUUGCCUACUGCUUCCUUGGUGCCACGGGUAAAAGGAUAGUCAGAUGCACAUUUAUAUAUACUGUAUAUAUUUAUACAUAUUAUAUAUACAUAUAUAAUAUUCUUGCAAGCUUGGUUUUGCGGUUUCUCAAACAUAAUGCAAUGUAGAUGGAAACAUCAGGAUUGUCAGGGGGCUACCACCACUUCAUGUAUCUCUAAUGAAGAGAAAAAUUACCAGUAAUUAGGACUCUGGUUUAUUUUCUGUUCAGAUACAUAAUUCCAGGCAAGGUCAUGGAGAACCAUGUAGGGCACUCCUUUCAAAACAGAUUCCACUGAUGCAGUGUGACUUUAAAUGGAUCCCAGCUUGAUCUGAGGGUAUGGAAAUAAGGCCCUUUUGUGAAGAGAUUGGUCUCAUAUGUGAUGAUGAGAGCACUUAGUCUAGUAGGAAUUAUUUUAAAAUAGAGGGAAAAAAGCCAUUUAAUCAUCCAUCUUUUCCUCAACCAUCAAUAGUUGAAAAAACAUUUUUUGGAAGUCAGCUCCUAGAAAAGGUUAGAAUAAAUCUUCAAUUUUAAAAGGCUAUUUCUUAAAAAAGAGAUUUUGUACCAAGAGUACCUACAGUUGGGAGCACAGACACUUUUAUGGUUUUGUUAUUAAUAUUAAUGUUCCCAACUAUGCUUUAAUUUUGCCAGGGAACCUCAACUGAAUCCUAUCACCAUGCUGUGCCUUAGUUUACCUGUUUGAAAAAAGGGUUCCAUAAUAUUAACCUACCUCACAGGGGUGUUGUGAGGCUCUAAUUAUUUGUUCAGUCAUUUCUUCCUUCUUGCUUGUUUAGCACUUUGUAGGAGAUGGGAGGAAAGACGAUGCCCUUAUUUUCUCACAGGGAAAUGCUGCGUUGCUAUGAACAAUUGUAAUUGUGUAUUAUGGGGAAAUAGAGAAACUGAUCUCUCAGUUUCACAAAUCUAUCAACCACCGUAUCUUUUGACCAAAUGGGUAAUUUACAUUGACUGCAUGAGAGUCAACAUAAGACUACCAGAGCACAUGCCUUCUCUUUGACAAUCCUUGCCUUUCAUUCAUAAUUCUCCUGAGCUAGAUAAAUCUCUCCAAGCUAGAGCUUGGCUCUAGAAUUAUAAAUUGUAAAUCAUUAAAAAAAAACACUUGAGAUUGAUCUGCAAAGAGUCCCAGGCUGAGGGCCAAAGUGCCGAAGACCACCCAGAGGAUGUGGCAUUUUGAACAUGCCCUGUGCAGAUUGGUCACAUCCUUUACACAGCAGGUUGAGAUCAUCAUGACAUGCUUUCAUUCCUUCAAAUGAACUGCCAUCCUGUCAAAUAUGAAUUCCCUCAUGCCAUCACUAUAUCUCUCAUAUUCUGUGUGUAUUUCAUUUGGUACAAAGGAGUUCAUAGCCCACCAUCUUGUUUGCGACCUAUUAUUUUCUCUACUCUCCCGACUCACUUGAGAUAAUUCUCAUUGGACCCCUGAACUAUGUGCCUGGAGAUGUCUAUCAUAUACUCACUUCCUUUUUGGCUCCUUGGCUGGAUUUGUUGUUUUUGUUUUCCAGAUUAGUUCAUGAAAAAAUAUCAAGGUCUAUAUAGUCCCAGGAACCUGAUUGAGAAGGCCACAAAUGUUUGACUUGUGAAAAGAGUAUUGUAUUGGACAUUUGGAAACUUCUAGGAAGGGUUGUGGAAUAAAAGUGUUCUGGGGCAGUAUGGUGAAAGUAAGAAAAACACAAUUUUCUCUAACCAGGGUUUAGGUUUCUGACUAGGGAGAGAGGAGAGGAUCAUUUUGAAAUAAGAUUUCUAAGCCAAUUUGAUAUCCCAUGCCAGUCAAGACCAGACAGUACUGAACACACAACCAAGUGCUAGUUGGAUAAAUCUUAAGCCUGGGACUACAACAACCAGGCACCUCAAGAUGUCACCAAUGCUGAUCAACCAUGGGGAUUUUUCCUGCUGGAGAAACCAAAGCACUGGCAACCAUUUUCUUCGCCAUUCACCAAGAAUUAUAACACAGUGCAAACACUAUGGUCUUGUGCAUUUAUUUUUUUUUAUUUUUAAAAUGCAAGUAUUAUAUGGAAUUUAGAGGAGCAGUCCUCCAGCUCUUGGGUCAAGUGCCAACUGGGAACUUGGGCACCACAAAGCUUUGAGGCAUCUCCCUGUUUCUCACUCUUACCAUACCCAGAUAAUGAUAAUAAUAUAUAUAUAGACUAUCUAUCUACCAGCCUCACCCCUCCACAUAACAAGAUGCUGGUCCAUAGAGGAUUUCAUAGGUGAAAUAAAACCAGGAGAGGUGAUGGAAUGAAAAGGGAACAACAUUGAGGGGUGGAAAGACCUCGUAAGAAAUGUAUUAUGUAAAUUAUAUCUUGCUUUAUGUUGUAAAAUAUACAGUGUUUGCGCUAGAGUAGAAAUGAUUCCUUUUCAAUAAAAACAAAGAACACUCA